AUGACAGACCAAGUCAAGAUCAACCCUGAUCUACUGAUACUACUAGUAGGGGCAGUAAUAAACAAGAGUUUAGCAGAAUACAAAGGAGACUAUCCAAACGAUAAAGCAUCAAUAUCAGUCGAUUUAUUUUUAAAAGACUUAAAUGACAAAACAGAAGAAUAUACUUCCAAAUUCCCCAAUAAUGAUAUACACUUCCCACAAAUUGAUAUAAAACUACUAUCUUUUAUUAUUAAUAGAACUUUGUAUUUCAAAUUUGUUCAAGUUACUCAAGAUUCUGUUGUUAUUGAAAUUGGUGAUAAGUAUGAAACUUAUUUAAAGAAUAUUGUUGCAACUUCUACUUUUAGAUAUUCUAAGUUUCUAUGGAAUAGUGCUAAACUGUUACACACAUCAGAUAAAGAUAAUAAUGAAAAAGUUGGUGAAGAUGUAGAAGUACAAACUGUUGAGGUCGAAGAAUCAAAGGAGAAUGAUGAACAACCACAAAAGGUAGGAAAAGAAACUAUACAGGAGGAUAUAGAGCCAACUACAGAAGAAGAACGAAAAGAGCCUGCCAAAGAAAAAGAAGAGGAGCCAGAACCAUCAGCAGAAAUAGAAAUAGCAGAAGAAGAAACAAAAGAAUCAGAAGCAGAAGAAUCAAAACAAACCGCGGAAGACGAAGAUGUGGACAUGAAAGAAGCUGAACCUGAGAAAAUAGAGGAAAAAGAAGAAUCAGAUGAAGAAUUAGAGAGUCCCGAAGUAGAAGAAAUAACGGCAAAAGAUGCAGAUUUGGCAGAAGAAAUCAAAGAAGAUAUUGAGAAAGCAGAGCUGGAUUCAGAAUUAAGCGAAGAAGAUGACGAAAUAGAGAUCGAAGUAGAGAAAGAAGGAAAAGAUGAGGAAGAAGAAGAUAAGGAAGAAGAUCAAGCUGUAGAAGAAAUAGAAAAAGAAGAGACAGAGCCAGUAGAGGAUAAUAAAUCUGAGGAAACCGAGAAAUCACCGAAAGAAGUCAGUGUAGAAGUUAAUGAGGAAGCAUCAACAGAAGAGCUAGAAGAAAAAGAAGAACCAAGUGAAGUAACUGAAGAGCCAGUUGAAGAGGAAGAAGAACUUACACAGGAACAAAAGGUUGUAGAACCACCGAAAGAAACAUUGACACCAGAACCAACCAAAGAAUCAAGAAAAAGACAAAGAUCAAGAUCACCUGCACCUUCACAACACCAUAAAAAGUUUCAAAGUAUUGCAGUUACUUUAUUAAAUUCCAUAAUGGAACAUAGAUUUUCAUCACCUUUUUUACAAGCAGUUAAUGCAAAAGAUGCACCAAAUUAUUAUGAAAUGAUAUAUCAACCUAGAGAUUUAAAAUCCAUAUCAAAAGCCUUGAAAUCAAAAGCUGAUCCCCCAAUAUAUCUGUCAAUUAAAGAAUUAGAAAGAGAUAUAAUGUUGAUGUUUGCUAAUUGUAUAAUGUAUAAUAAACCCGAAGAAGAUUUAGUUGAUUUAACUAGAAAAAUGAAAAAAGAUGUUGGAGAAAUGUUUAAAAUGUUUAAAGAAGCUGAAAAGGAUAUUAAAUAG